AUGUUUGGCCUCGAUAAUAGGCAAAAGCCAGUUGUGCAGCGAGGAUUGCGGAAAUACGGCACUGCCUUAAAGGCUCUCAACAAUGCUCUUGGCGACCCCAAGGGCUCUCGAUCCUUUGACGUAUUGGAAGCAGUCAUCGUAAUGGCCCUGUUCGAGUGGGCGAUCGAGAAGACGGAUGGAUCGGCCAUGCUCGCGGCUUUGAGCAGCUGCUGA